UGGCAGGCGAGGCUGGCAGCGAGGAGGAGGUGGGGGUCGCCAGCUGUCAUCAACCCACCAGAAGCGAAGUUGGAGGUAAAUUAACAGCUCCUGACGGAGGCCUACGGCAGGAUGGGCUCCGGCGCCAAGUUCGACGACCUCCUCACCCAGCUGGGCACCGGCAAGUGGAACCUCCUGGUGUUCUGCAGCGUCGCCUACUGGACCGUGCAGGUACCAUAUCACUCCAUGGGAGGCGCCUUCCUCACACCACAGACAGACCACAGGUGCCUCCCUCCUGACGGUGCCCUCCCGCUGCUCCUCAACGACACCAACACCACCACAGUGUCUAAGUGCUCGUAUCUGGCGAAGGUCGCAGGAGGCGGCGUCGAGGUCCAGCCAUGUACAGAAUGGAGCUUCGACAACUCGACGUACGACAACAGCCUCACCUCGGAGUUCGAGCUGGUGUGCAACUACAAGUCCCUAAGGCCAACGUACACCAGCAUGUACUACAUCGGUGCCUGCGUCGCCUCCCCACUCAACGGCUGGCUCUCAGACAGGUAUGGGAGAAAGACAAUGAUGACGUUCGCCAUGAUUAUGUACAUCAUUCUGGGAAACUGUCUGUCGUGGCUGCCCAACAUAUCUGCUCUGCUGACCCUGCGCUUCAUCAUGGGACUCAUGCACCCGACAUCCUUACAGUCCGGAUUCUCUUUAGUGAUGGAAGUGUGUGAGCCACGCUACAGAUCGACAGUGGGCAUCCUGGUGUUCCUGCCGUGGGCGCUGGCUAUAAUGUGGUGGGGCGGGUUGGCCUACCUCAUCAGGGACUGGCGCUGGCUCAUGUUCACCGUCACUAUACCUUCCUUCUUCAUUCUUCCUCCACUCUGGUUUAUUGACGAGUCGCCGCGCUGGCUGAUGGUCCGGGGCCACCAUGACCGCGCCCUCCAGGUGCUGGAGAAGGCCGCCCGCUGGAACAACGUCCAACUUCCGCCCCGGGACCAACUCCUCGCCAUGAUGGAAGAUAUCUCCAGCGAGCACUCCCGCCAGCCCGCCUCCACCAGUAAAGGACUCCUGGCUUACCUCGGACUCUUUAUUAACGAAUUCACUGUACUCGUCAGAACAAAGAAGAUGCGAGUUAUAACACUGUCGGUGUACUCCAUAUUCUUCACGGCUGGGCUGGUGUACCUGGGACUGUCCCUGGGAGGAGAGGGCUACAGCUCCGACCCCUUCGUGUACAUGGCCCUGUCUGGCGUGAUGGAGCUCCCCGGCUCCACCGUCACCAUCCCCAUGAUCAACCACCUCGGUCGACGCCUCUCCAACAUCAUCUGCUUCACGGUCACAGGAGUCGCGCUCCUCGCUCUCACAUUCAUUCCGGCCAGUAGAGUGUGGCUGGUGAUGAUCUUGGCUCUGGUUGGUAAGCUGGCCAUCGCUGCAGCCUACCAGAUCAUUUACCUUCAUGGCGCAGAGCUCUUCCCUACUGAGGUCCGCAUCAGAGGUUUGGGCACGGCCUCCAUGGUAUCCAAGUUGGGCUCUAUCCUCGCCCCAUACUUGAUGGACACUAUGCGCAGUGUGUGGGAGCCUGCUCCCUCGUUAGUGUGCGGUCUGGCUGGCCUGAUGGCAGCGGGGGUAACCUUCCUCCUGCCGGAGACAGCAGGAGCUGCCCUCCCCGACACCGUCGCGCAGCUCGAGGCCUCAUCUUUCUCCGGCUCCAGCCAGCUGGCCGUAACCUCAGCUGCAGAAAAAGAAACUGAUCAUGACUUUGAGAGUAAAUUCCCAUUAAACAGUCGUGAAAGCUCAUCGAUAUAACAUCCGUGACGUUCACCUUGCACGAAGAUUCCCACAUCCUGUGUGGAAUCUUGCUCAGGUGGCAAGCCCUCCAAGCUGUCUUUCAGGCACCAAAGUAAGCAGAGGUGCAGCAUAAUCCACUGAAGAUCUGACGAAUGUUAGGGACAUCAUUUUUUGAAAAUACUGACAUUGGCACCAUAGCCCGAGUGAUAACCUAGAACAUCCUUAAGAGUUCCGAGUCUUUCUUUAUACUGACGAUAGUCUGAUUACAAUAGGACCACAUAGUGAGACUUCAAGGCCAAGGUAUUUGAAUCUAUUUACGUAGUCAAACUGGGAGCCAUCAUACAGUUGCACCUUGCGAACAGUUGCAUGGUCCACCUGCUUGGGUGGACGCUGACUUGCUAUCUUUGUUUUCUUUGUCGAGAUUACUAAACCAAGGUCCUGACACGAGUCUAAUACAGAGUUACGAGUGUUCUGCGUAUUAGCAUACUCAGUGGUAUGUAUCACUAUAUCAUCAGCAUAGUUAAUGAUGUGCACGUUGGGCUUGCUAGGCACAAUUUAAUAGGGCAAUUAUUAAAAUAUUGAAUAAGGUAGGACUGAGGACACCUCCCAUUGGGGUGCCUAGUUCGAAGUCUCUUGUUACACUCCUAUGCCUCUGGAACAACUCAGAUGACUUCCUAAUGGACAAAUAUCCUCUGAUCCAACAAAGAACCCAACCACCAAUAUUUGUUCUUGCAAGCUCACUCAAAGUGACAUGUCGGUUGAAAUAUCAAAGGCAGACUUGAGAUCUAGGAAGGCGGUACACGACUUGGUAGUGUGCAGGAUAAGAAAGGUGGUGAAGCAAUGAUGCACACUCCGUCCAUGCAUGAAGCCAUAUAUCUGGGGGUAUAACAUGUUUCUUAUUCUAUGGAGGAGACGGUUUAGGACCACUCUUUCGAAUGUUUUGCAAAAACAGCUAGUAAGGGAAAUUGAUCGGAAAGCAUUCGCUUGAUUGGGCUUGGGAAUUGGAAUGAUUAUAUUAUUGGUCCAAGAGAUAGGAAGUUCCCCCGGUAAUAUAGUAAUGUUCCCCCGGUAUCAUACUAUACAGUUCAAGAAGGGAAGUUCCUGGAGAGCAAAACCGUCAUACUCUUCUACAGACCAAAUAGAGCAAAGAUUAAGGGGAAAACACAAAGAAGAAAUUAUAAUCUCCCCUUAAAGAUUAUUUUGAAAAUAUAAGAUAAAAAUAG